AUGCGUAGUCCGAGCCGGGGCGUCCGAGCCGGGGGAGUCGAGUUCAGUGUCGCUGUAGCGGGAGACAAAGCAAGUGGGAAAAUGAAUGGGACCGGGAUACGCGAACCUUCCUGUUAACCUCGUCGGCGCCGGCAGGUAGAGCGAGAGGCGCUGGAAGGAGAGGAUUGAAGAAAAUGCUGAUCUCUUCUUUCAGUAAAGUGUGAAAGUUACUUUGUCUCCUAGUUCAUGUGAGACCUAAUUAGAAAGAUGAAACCUACGAGAUGAUAGAAGCAGAUAGUAGAACUGAAUGUAUACUCAACUACUUCUUGACUUCCCACCCUGCAACACAAAGGACAUAGUGCCAGCUCUAUAAAGAAUGGUAUAGAAUCUGGAAAUCUAAAGAUCCUGGGAGUCAGACAACGGGGCCUAAAACACAACGUUUUGUUUUACCUUUUAUCUUUUUACAUGAUUUAAAAUACAUUUAAUUUGAAUUCCAAAUCUUCAUUAAGAUAUGAAUACACAGCAGAAAUAACUGAGCUUAAUCAUGGAUACAAAUAUAGCGGAGUCUCCACAAAUCAGUGAUAAUUUGAUGAUGGAUAAAAUCAACAAUUUAAAAGUGGAACCAGAAGACGAUAGUAAUUGUAUUUUAGAAGCAAUAGAUAUAAAAACUGAAAAAGAAGAUCUAAGACAGAUCGACAGCAGUGAUGAACAGGAUGACAGAGAAAAGAAUUUUGCCCGUAACAACUCAGACAAAUUCAUCUCUGCAGAGAAUGAGGAUGAUUAUGGUUCUCUUUUUUCUCAAUAUAGCAGUACUCUCUAUGAUGUUGCAAUGGAAGCUGUAACACAGAGUCUUCUUUCAAGCAGAAACAUAAGCUCCCGAAAAAAGUCCCCUGCUUGGAACCACUUCUUUAUAUCUCCUAGAGACAGUACCAAAGCAAUAUGUAUGUACUGUAUGAAAGAAUUUAGCAGAGGUAAAAAUGAGAAAGACUUAAGCACAAGUUGUCUAAUGAGGCAUGUGAGGAGAGCUCAUCCAACUGUACUCAUUCAGGAAAAUGGAAAUAUACCAGCUAUAUCUUCCUUUUCUUCAUCUCCUACAUUACUAUUGCCACCUCAGCCUGCAGAGGCUGGAGAUUUAACUCAAGUGCUAACUCCUAUAAAAUUAAUUAAAAGAACUUGUUCUAAGAUUCCAUCCCCAGAUCAAAUUAUGGAGGAAUCUGUUCCUGUGGUUUCUAUUGAAGAAAUACCUUCAGAUUUAUCACAUACUGAAAAGAACAAUAAAGAAGAAGCUGGUGUUGGAUUAUCACUACACCUGCCCAACAGUCAAUGUGAAGAAAUGGUGGACAAUAUAGCAGAGAAAACUGUUCAAGUUCCUAAGACUACAUCUGGCUCAAGGAGAAGAUCUGCUGUAUGGAAACAUUUUUAUUUAUCUCCUCUAGAUAACUCAAAAGCUGUUUGCAUUCACUGUAUGAAUGAAUUCAGCAGAGGAAAGAAUGGAAAAGAUCUUGGAACUAGCUGCUUAAUACGGCACAUGUGGAGAGCUCAUCGUUCUAUUGUUCUGCAGGAGAAUGGAGGAGGUUCAAGCAUACCCCCUCUGUACUCUGCUCCUCCAACUUUAUUACCACCUUUAUUAGCUUCAGAUGGAGACCCAAGUUCUGUAUCAUCUGGAAAAUUAGCUAAAGAACCAACAUCUGUUUGCUCUUCUCCAGACAGAAUAGCUGAAGAAAAUAAUUCCAAUCUUCCUUUGGGAGAUACUCUGAUGGAGGAUUCCUCAUUGUUUUCAUCAGCAGAAGAUAUAGGGGAAGCUACUUUAGUUUCUUCUCCUGAAAAAAGCCCAUUGUUACUGGAACAUAGCUCUGUUUUUCAUCAGAAUAAACGCAUAAUGCGAAAGCUGAAAGCUGAAGUAUGGAAUCAUUUUUCUUUGUCUCCAGGGGAUAAUCUAAAAGUUAUAUGUAGACACUGUAGCUGUAUGUUAAACCAUGGGAGAAAAGGUGAUUUAGGCACAAGUUAUUUGACAAGACACUUAUACAGGAGGCAUCCUGAAGUUAUAGGAAUCCAAAAGAGCUUUAUAGAUACCAGUUUAGCAAAUUCUCCUUAUGCUACCUUGGCUUCUGCAGAACGUUCAGCUUCAAAACUGACUGACUUGCCCACAAUGGUUACUAAUGAAACUCAAGUCAUAUUUCCUGUUAGUAGCAAAAAGACCUCAAAACUGUGGAAUCAUUUUUCAAUUUGUUCUGCAGAUUCAACUAAAGUAAUAUGUAUGCACUGUGGACGUACAAUAAGUCGAGGGAAGAAGCCAACCAAUUUGGGAACCAGUUGCCUUUUAAGACAUUUACAACGGUUUCAUAAUCAUGUCCUAAAACCAGAUGCCUCAGAGCCAGUAUUGUCCUCUUCUAAAAAUAAUCAUGUACCUCUGAGCACAGAUCUUUUGGGAUCUUCAUCUUUUGAUGAAGCCACUGACAAGUUUUCUGACACGCAUCCUGUUGCCAAAAAAAUUACAAGUCUUGUUGCUGAAAUGAUUGCACUUGAUCUUCAGCCAUAUUCUUUUGUAGAUAAUAUUGGUUUUAAUAGAUUGCUUGAAUACUUGCAACCUCAGUAUUCAUUGCCUUCACCAUCUUAUUUUUCUCAUACUGCGAUUCCUGAUAUGUAUGAUAGUGUGAAAGAAAUAAUUGUUUCACAUCUUAAAGAAGCUGAAAGUGGUGUAGUCCAUUUUACCUCUGGAAUAUGGAUGAGCAAUCAAACUCGGGAAUAUCUAACUCUCACAGCUCAUUGGGUAACAUUUGGGUCACGAGUUCGACCACAGUGUGAAGAUUACCAUUGUUCAGCUUUAUUAAAUGUUUCACAGAUUGAUUGUGACUAUAAUGGUAUCAGCAUUCAGAAGCAACUAGAAUAUUGGUGGGAAACCUGGAUAACAUCAAUUGGGCUACAGAUUGGGAUUACUGUUACAGAUAAUCAGACAAUAGGAAAAACUUUAAAUGAAGGGGAACAUUCAAGUGUGCAAUGCUUUUGUCACACAGUGAAUCUCAUAGUGAAUGAAGCUAUUAAAAGCCAGAGGAUGGUUCAAAACCUGCUUAGCAUUGCCAGAAAGAUAUGUGAACGUGUUCAUCGCUCACCGAAAGCAAAAGAGAAAUUGGCAGAGCUACAGAAAGAAUAUCAUUUGCCACAGCAUCAGCUAAUCCAAGAUGUCCCAUCAAAAUGGAAUACAUCAUUUCAUAUGCUUGAAAGGCUAAUUGAACAGAAAAGAGCUAUUGAUGAAAUGUCUAUAGAGUGUAGCUUCAGGGAGUUAAUAAGCUGUGAUCAGUGGGAAGUGAUGCAGUCUGUCUGUCAUGCACUCAAACCAUUUGAAGUUGCAAGUAGAGAGAUGAGUACGCAUAUAUCUACCUUAAGCCAAGUAAUUCCAAUGAUUCAUAUUCUAAACCGGAAAAUUGAACUACUGUUUGAGGAAACAAUGGGCAUAGAUACUAUGCUAAAGUCCUUAAAAGAAGCUAUGGUGAGUCGAUUAUCCUCCAUACUCCAUGAUCCAAGAUACAUUUUUGCUACACUUUUAGACCCUCGUUAUAAGACCUCCUUAUUCACAGAAGAAGAAGCAGAACAGUAUAAACAGGACUUAAUCAGGGAGCUAGAAAUACUAAAUGCUACCUCAGAUGAUAAUAAACCAGUUUCCAAUGGUUGUGGUAUAGGUUCAUCAUCUAAAAUCUCUUACGGGGACAAUAGUCUUUGGUCACUAAUGGAAGACAUGAAAAAAGCAAAACUUACAAAAGAAAAGACUAAGUUGCCAGAAGAAAUGGUGCUUUUGUAUCUGGAGGAAGAAGUGCUUGAACAUAACUGUGAUCCCCUCACUUACUGGAAUUUUAAGAAAUCAUCUUGGCCAGUAUUGUCAAAAUUGGCUGUUCGAUUCCUAGGUUGUCCUCCAAGCAUCGUUCCAUCAGAGAGAUUAUUCAGUACAUCCAAUGAAAGCAUCAGCUUUAGUCAAUCAAGACUAACAAUGGAACACUUUGAAAAACUUAUAUUUUUGAAAGUAAAUCUUCCUUUGAUAUACUUCCAGUAUUGAAAUUAAUGAACAGGCUGCCAGUCUAAACUUGUUAUUCACUGGAUAAUUACUAUAUUUGUAACUUAAUUGCUCCAUUUAGGGGCCAUGUAUGACAGCUAAUCAAUGCCUCUUGUUUGAAACUUAGUUAUAUUUUUCAGUUCUCUCUAUGUCUACAUGUGCCUUAUCAGUAGUCCUUCAGGCCAGAUAUAGUGUACAUACAUCUUUUUUUAAAAAAAAAUCCUAUUAGAAUUAGCCUUGUCUUUGUCCAAACUAUUAAAAAAUGUAGCUUUUGAUUGAAUAUUGUAAAUGAAAUUUUAAAACAUUUUGAAUAGAAUGGCAAAAUGGAUGUAAAGAGUUCUAUUACGUAGCUUUUUAUUCAAUUAUGUAAAAAAACAGAAACCAGGUACUGUAUAUUAGCUGAACAUUGCUUUAAUUGCAGAAAAAGCUGUAUAUAAAGGUGGAAAUGAAGCCAUCUUCCUAUUUAGCAGGUUUUAACUGCAGGCUUAAUGUUCUUAUGUUCAACUAUGUAUGUACUAAAGAGGGCAGUUGAAUUAGUAUUUGACUAAACUUAGAGUUAUUAAGAAACACCAGUUAUACAGUAAUCUAAAUUUGCCAUUCAUGGUCUUUAUUCAGGUUUUUUUUUACACUGUAACUGAAUUAGAGCUUGAGUAUUUAUAAGGUUUUUGGGUGUUUAUUUUCAAAAUUUUCCAAUUAAUGUUUGUUAUUUAAUGCAGUGCAUUGAAAGAUAAAAAUAUAAAGGGGCAUCAUGCCAAGUCUUUUACAAUUGAAUGAAUUAAAACAUUAAUUCUUGGGAAAAUGUAGUUAAGGUUUCCCAUGUAACUGAAAAUUAUAUAUGGCAUUCUUCUCUUAUUUCUGUUACAUGAACUUUAUUAUCAGUGAAUAUCCUUUCUAAGGUUGUGCAAAUACUUUGGAAAAGGUGCUUCAGAACACGCAGGACUUGCAUCGGAUCGUCCUUGCAUGCACAGGCACUUCACAUGCACCUGAAGAAUUUGCACAGCCCGUAGACAGGAGUCCUGCAUAGAAUGUUAUAUCGUAGAACUGACCAUAAUUGAUAGUGUCUAUCAGCCAAGUAGGAUAUUGUAGAAUUUUAAUAAUCCUCAGGCAGCAGGUAAGAAUAGCCAGCAUUUACAUUUGCUGUCCACAUUUUAAAAGAAUUUAAAAUAAUAUUUCUCCCCCUCCUCUUCCCAUCUCCCCCAAUGCAUUGAUAAAAUUCUUUGGAAAAAUAAAUUAACUACAGCUUUUAGGAAAGAUGUAGUUUUGUUAAAAUACUGUACUGUAUGUCUGCCUAAUUUUUGCAUUUAUUAUGUUUUAGUGUAUUUAUAAAUGAUGGAUUCAGUUUCUGAAAUUAAACAUCU